AUGCAGCAGUGUCAGUUGGUGGAACAGAAGAUUGCUGCAAAGUGUAAUAUGUCUGCUCUGAAGAAAUAUAAACACCUGAGCACAAUGGAAAUGCAAGAUAGCAAGGAGAAAGGAAUAAAAGACAGAAAAGAACAUCAAGCAUGGUACUUGAAAAUAUCAAAGCUGGCACUGGCUUUGGCAAUUAUCCACUCAAAGCCUCCAGAAAAAAGCAGCAAAGAAUACACAGAGCAUCUUGCUAAAAUUAUUUCUGGACAGGAUUUUAAAUGGAGAUCAAAAGUUGAAGCAUUAGAAGCUGAAGUCCUUAGAUUACGUCAGGAGCUUCUUUUGAAAAAGAUCUGUCCAAGAUUCUGCUUGGAGAAUAGAAACCCAGAUGCCUUUACUGAAAUUCUGCUGGAUCAAGAACAUAUAAACCCUAUAAUAAAUUGCUCAAGUCAGCUAGAAGAUUCUGGGUGUGAUGUAUCUAGUGACUGUGUAUUUGAUACUGUAGACACAUCCCAUAACUUUGGGCACUCUGAGCAUAGUUGUAACACUUCAUCUUGUACAUUUAAUUCUGAAAUACUUCCCAUAUUGAAUACUCAUUGUACUAGCAAGGAAAAAACUCUGGCUGCUCACAUGCAAUUCUUGCAACAUCUCCUUGAAUUAAGAAAACUGACUGAAGCAGGAGGUCUGAAAACAGUCUUUACAAAGCUUGAAAGCGACUGCUCCACAAUAUCAGAUUCUGUCUCUCGAUUGCUUGAUGGCCUGCUUACUUUUUACAAGAAUCCUAAAUUUCCUGUCUCAAAUUUUCUGACAGAAGGAGUUUCUGUUUUGAUCAAUUUAAUAACUGAUGCUAAUUUAUCUAAUCAUGUUCUGAAAAUGUGUUUUGAGAAGCUAGAAGAAUUUAAGAAAAACCUAGUUCAGGUUAUUUUAAGCAACAGCAAUAUCAAUAGGUUUCAGGUGCAGUAUCUCGUGUCCCACACUCUUGUUUUGCUGGGAAGGUGCAACAAAUUAAGGAAGUCUAUAAUAUCUCUGCUGUUAUCUGAAGUAAAUCAAUUUGUGGAUGAGUUGCAACAAGCCCACCAG